GAACUGAGAAAUGCUAUCCUGCUCAAGUUUGGCUUUAAAUGGAUUCAGGUCCAACACAUAGAACGAUGGGGAUUGAACGACUGCUAAAUGAGAAGCUUGGACCUGCAGUUAAAGACACUUGUCUUCGUCAAAUUUCUGCCCUGUUACCGCCAUUAACAGUAACAGUCUUGGACGAUCUUAUGCGAAAAUGCCAAAAUCUCAGGGAUUUCAAUCAAAUCCUUUCUCGGAUGAUAGUUUCUGGAUUCGUAGCCGAUACGUUUGCUGCCAGCCGCCUCCUUAAGUUCUCCACCGAUGCCGAUUUCAUCCAUCUUGACUACUCCCGUCGUAUCCUUGAUCAAAUCCAAUUCCCUAAUGGAUUUAUUUGGAAUACCAUGAUGAGAGCGUAUGCUCAGAGAAAUUCUCCUCAGUCAACUCUCGCCCUUUACAAAUUGAUGUUGGAGAAGAAUUUGAAGUCCGAUAACUAUACAUACCCGAUUCUAGCCCAUGCUAGUUCUCUUCGUUCCUCUGAAUUAGAAGGAAAAGAGAUUCAUAAUCAUGUUUUAAAGCUGGGUUUUGAUUCUGAUGUUUAUGUCCAGAAUACAUUGAUCAAUAUGUAUGCGGUUUGCGGGAAUCUUGGUGAUGCACGACGGUUGUUUGAUGAAAGCCUUGUGUUGGAUUCAAUAUCCUGGAAUUCACUUUUGGCGGGUUAUGUUCAGAUAGGAGAUGUACAAAAUGCGAAGCUAUUAUUUGAUAAGAUGCCUGAAAGGAACACAAUUGCUUCAAAUUCUAUGAUUGCACUGUUUGGUCGAGCUAGACUUGUGACUGAGGCUCGUCAGAUAUUUGAUGAAAUUCCCCAAAAGGAUGUUGUUUCCUGGAGUGCAUUGAUUUCCUCUUAUGAGCAAAAUGAUAUGUUCAAAGAAGCUUUGAUUAUAUUCGAACAAAUGAAUGCUAUGGGAAUUAAGGUGGAUGAGGUUGCGAUGGUCAGUGUUCUUUCUGCCUGUGGUGGCCUGUCAGCUAUUAAGGAAGGAGAACUGGUUCAUGGAAUUAUAAUUAGAAUGGGAAUUGAAACCUAUAUUAAUCUUCAAAAUGCACUGAUUCACUUGUAUUCGGAAUGUGGGGAUAUCAUUGCAGCACAGAGACUAUUUGAUGCUAACCAGGAAUUGGAUCAGAUAUCUUGGAAUUCUAUGAUAUCUGGGUACUUGAAAUGUGGUCAAAUUGAACAUGCCAAGAAAUUAUUUGAUUCCAUGCCCAACAAGGAUGUUAUAUCAUGGAGUGCUAUGAUUUCAGGUUAUGCACAACACAAUCAGUUUGCAAAGACCUUGGCCUUGUUCCAUGAGAUGCAGCUUGGAGAAACCCGGCCCGAUGAGACCACACUGGUGAGCGUAAUCUCAGCUUGUGCCCACUUGGCUGCUUUAGACCAAGGCAAAUGGGUUCAUGCUUAUAUAGAUAAAUAUGGUCUAAAGAUCAACACCAUACUCGGUACAACCCUUGUAGACAUGUAUAUGAAAUGUGGGUGUGUGGAAAACGCACUGGAGGUCUUCUCUAAAUUGGAGGAAAUGGGUAUCUCUACUUGGAAUGCUAUGAUUUUAGGACUGGCUAUGAAUGGAUUGGUGGAGGAGUCUCUCGAUAAGUUUUUGGAGAUGAAUAGGUUUGGGGUAGCACCCAAUGAAAUAACCUUCAUUGGGGUAUUGGGAGCAUGUCGACAUGUGGGUUUAGUAGACGAGGGCCGCCAAUACUUUCAUUCCAUGAUUCAGAUACACAACAUAAAACCCAAUGUUAAACAUUAUGGAUGCAUGGUUGAUCUUCUUGGCCGUGCAGGUUUGCUCAAAGAAGCAGAGGAACUCAUAGAGAGUAUGCCAAUGGCACCAGAUGUGCCUACUUGGGGUGCCUUGCUUGGGGCAUGUCGGAAAUAUGGUAACACCGAGAUGGGAGAAAGAGUAGGAAGGAAGCUUAUUAAGCUUCAGCCUGAUCAUGAUGGAUUUCAUGUACUGCUAUCAAAUAUAUAUGCUUCAAAAGGAAAGUGGGAUGAUGUUAUUGAGAUCAGAGGGAUGAUGAAGCAACAUGGAGUGGUGAAAAACCCUGGCUGCAGCUUGAUAGAAGCCAAUGGUAUAGUUCAUGAAUUCCUGGCAGGGGAUAGGAUGCACCCUCAAAUAGAUGAGAUAGAUAGAAUGCUGGAUGAGAUGGCUAAAAGAUUGAAGAUGGAAGGGUAUACACCAGAGAUCAAUGAGGUUGCUCUAGAUAUAGAUGAAGAAGAGAAAGAAUCCAUUUUGUACAGACAUAGUGAAAAACUCGCCAUUGCCUUUGGACUUAUCAGCACUAGCCCACCAACUCCUAUCAGGAUAAUGAAGAACUUGCGCAUAUGUGCUGAUUGUCAUACCGCAGCAAAGCUCAUCUCAAGAGCCUUUGGACGUGAAAUUGUGGUGAGGGAUCGCCAUCGAUUUCACCACUUCAAAGAAGGGUUGUGUUCAUGCAUGGAUUACUGGUGAUGUGUUCCGUUGCAAAACUCAAUCUAUCCUGCAUAGUUGA